AUGCCUGGCCCUUGGUUGCUGCUCGCCAUAGCUUUGACCCUGACCCUGACCGGUGUCCCUGGAGGCCGCGCACAGCCCGAGAUGGACCAGCAGGAGGCUGCGGUGGCUGCAGAACACCCUGGCCUGGACGCCCUCCUGCGUCAGACUGAGCGCCUCCUCCUUCUCCGGGAGGACCUCCAGCGGCUGCGAGGGGACCAGGGAAAUCGUGAGUCAGAGUCCCAGGUCUUUCAGUCCAACUGGCUCUCCAAGCGUCAGCAUCCAGGCAAAAGAGAGGAGGAGGCAGAAGAGGGAGUUGAAGAGGAGGAGGAAGAGGGAGGGGCUGUGGGGCCCCACAAACGGCAGCACCCAGGCCGGCGGGAGGAUGCAGCUAUGUGGUCAGUGGAUGUUACCCAACAGAAACGGCAGCACCCUGGCCGGCGCUCCUCCUGGCUGGAGUAUACUUUCACCAAGAGGCAGCACCCAGGCAGAAGGCUAGUGGAUCCCAAGGCCCAAAGGAACUGGGAAGAGGAGGAGGAGGAAGAAGAAGAGGAGCAGGAGGGAGAGCUGAUGCCUGAGAAACGCCAGCAUCCUGGCAAGAGAGCCUUGGGAGGCCCAUGUGGGCUCCAGGGAGCCUGUGGUCAAGCCAGCCUCCUGCUGGGGCUCCUGGAUGACCUGGGCAGGAGCCAGGGGUCAGAAGAGAAGCGGCAGCACCCUGGGCGGCGGGUGGCCUGGGCCAGGGAGCCCCUGGAAAAGUGA